CUCGGCCUCGGCCUCUGCCUGGCCGCGGCGCGGGGAGCCGCGCACCCGGCUCUUGCCCCUGUUCUUUGCCUCUGGUUUUGUUGCUGAAGAUAAUCACAGUGAUGUCUGCAUUCAACCUGCUGCAUUUGGUGACAAAAAGCCAGCCCGUAGCCCUGCGAGCCUGUGGGCUUCCCUCAGGGUCAUGUAGGGAUAAAAAGAGCUGUAAGGUGGUCUUUUCCCAGCAGGAACUGAGGAAGCGGCUCACACCCCUGCAGUACCAUGUCACUCAGGAGAAAGGGACGGAAAGUGCCUUCGAAGGAGAAUAUACACAUCACAAAGAUCCUGGAAUCUAUAAAUGUGUUGUUUGUGGAACUCCAUUGUUCAAGUCAGAAACCAAAUUUGACUCCGGUUCAGGUUGGCCUUCAUUCCACGACGUGAUCAGCUCGGACGCAAUCACACUCACAGACGACUUUUCCUACGGGAUGCACAGGGUGGAAACAAGCUGCUCCCAGUGCGGGGCUCACCUUGGGCACAUUUUUGAUGACGGACCUCGUCCGACGGGCAAAAGAUACUGCAUCAACUCGGCAUCCCUGUCUUUCACACCUGCGGACGGCAGCGGCGCUGGCGGCGGGGCGGGCAGCCCGGCCCAGGCGGACAAGACGGAGCUGUAGACGAAGGGAGAGCGCCGGAGCAAGUGUACUUAACGCACAGCUUAUUUCACGAUCCGAAUUGUCUAUCUUAGAUAUAUUUUUUCAAAAAAUAUAAGGGCAGUUUUGUGCUAUGGAUAUUUUUCUUCUUUUGCUUAAACAGAGGCCCUGGCAGUCAACGUAUUUUGCUAUUGACUAGAUCUGGAACUGUUUAUAACUUUAGCGAACAAAGAUAGUUUUGUGAAACUUCUUCACAAGUCGCUUAGAUACCAUUUGGCAUUAUUUUCUUUGAGCACAUAGCUUCUUUUAAGAUUUUUUUUUCCCCUUGCUUAAGAGGCCCAAGGUGCUUGGUCUUCACACGUGACAAGACCUCCAGGCGGAGCAGAGAGCGGAGCUCGGGAGUGCCGGGCAUGCAGACCUGCGAGCCACCUGGCCGGAGGUGCAGCUCUACCUAAGAUAAGGACGGAGUGAUGUCUUAGGAGACUUCUCAGCCUUGUGGAAAGUUUGAGCUAAGGUCGUUUAUUCUCGCUAAAAGGGUGUGAAGGUCUAAAGUCUUUCCUUAUGUUAAAUUGCUGCCAGACCUGAGGGGGCGCACCGAGUGUUAUGGCAGAGAAGUAAACAUUACCUCACGGUUAGGCCUUUCUUUUAUUUUAUUUUCCAUUGAAAACAUUGGAAUGUAAGACAACUGUAAAAUCUUGAGCCCCAUUUUGCCCAAAGGUCACAAAGAAGAGCACCUGGCAUUGCCUUUUACACGUCCGUCCCCCACACCCAAUCCUGUCUGCAGCUGGAAGGGUGUCUUGGUUAAUUCCCCUGUCUAAAAUAGAAUAUUGGGGACACCACACUUCAUCAGGGCAGCAGAAAUAAGAGAGAGCAGAGAAGACCAAGGAGGAGGUCCUGGGGACUGAAAUACCCGUGCCAGGUGCAAGAGCUGACAAGAUACUGCAAGUAACAGACAGAGCCCCAAGCGGGGGACCUCGUGCACAAGUUCAGGUGACCUCUGGAAAGAUGUUGGCGGUUAAAAUAGAAAUAGCCAGGAGCUCAAGUCCCGCCCUUGACGCUAAUCUGCUGUGUGACAAGGGACAAGCCAUUUAGCCUCUCCACGCCUAUUCUUCAUGUAUAAACUGGGACUUACAGUAUUUGUAAAAUAAUUGACACUUUCAGGGCAAAAUUACUACAUUGCUAUAUAAUAAAGAUCAGUGUUAUAAAAUUAAACUGAUCUGGUUCUAAUUGCCUCAAAGGCUGAAGCCCAGGCAUUUGAAAUGGAAGGAAGCAGAGGAGGUUGACUUAGCUGAUUGGUAUGGAAACAGCGGAGCCGGGAGCCAGAAGUUUGCUUUGUAGCAGUGUGGCUGGUUUUACUCUGAGAAGCUCUGUGCGGUUGCUUUGUAACAUUUAGGCUGGUGGAAUGGACGUCAUUGUGCACAAUCCGAUUUCCCAGGUAUGACUGGCGGUGAUUUCAGUUGAUAUUGCCAUGGCCAGGUGUGAAGGAGUAGCUUAUGACUGGUAUAUCUUGUGUUUGUAGCUUGAAUGCGAAUCCUGAAAUGUAGUUUUUAAAAAAUAUUGUUUCUGUUAAUCUUUGAAAGCUUAUGAAUACUGGCAUUUUUUCUUAUAAGCACCAAGACAAAAAUAAGAAGGACACUUGACAAUUUUAAAAAAGUCAUGAGAAAUUAAAAUGAAAAGUUGUGACAAAUCAGAAUGUCAAUGUGGUCACGUCCACAUUCUUCUAUGUCUCUGCAAACACUUCCUGGUGAGGUCCCGACAUCCUGGUGGCUCUUCAUUGUCACAUAUGCUACAACUUGGGGAUUCCAGAUGAGUUACGUUCUUCCUCCCUCAGCUCCCAGAAUGUUUCAUCUCAGCCCUGGGGUCCCUCUGGAACUCGCUGGUUCCACUAUCCUCUAGAAAUGAGAUGUAAAAUUUAAGACCAUUGAAGCCCAAGCAUCCAGACCAUCUUAGAAGCCUUCCCAAGCUCACAGAGGAGCCCCAACAUUUCCCAGCAACCCAAGGAUCCCAUGUGGGGUUGGCUAAAGAAGUGGGUCUCCCAGGAGUUCCUGUCACACUGCACAGUCCAUCCUUAGGGGCACACACAGCCCUUCUCACAUGGCUCCAGCUGCAUAUGGUGGCCUGCCCCGGGGUCCGCUGGACACAAGCCACAGUGUUGGGGCAGAUGAGGAAGAUAAAUGCCGGGCUUCUUCCCUCUCCCCAGAGACGCUGGGUUCUCACUGUUCCUUCAUGUUGGUUGUAAGGCUUAACAUUUCUCUCAAAAAACUGCUUUUCUAAUCCUCAGUCUUUGUUUCAAGCCAGUUUUUCUUCUACCACGUUUUCCAGCAUCAACUUUAAGAAAAAUGCAACAUCCACCAAAAACAAAACAAAACAAAACAAAAAACAGCGGGUAUAUGCAUGUGGUUUAAUUCCACGUUGCUUUUGAGUUUAAGUGGUAUCAAAUUUCAGUAUAUUUCUGUCUUAUGUUAAAGAAAUAUAUUACUGGAACGUCAGUGAGCAAUAAUGUCAGCUGUCGAGCACUAGAUUUAUUUGUGCAGGAUAUGGAGUGCAAUGAACUGAGUCAAUAUGGCGAGGUGUAUGUGAUCUGUGGGAGUUCUGCCACUGAAGGUAGGAAAUGCAUGGGCCUUUCCCUCUCUGCACUCCAGCCUUACUGUACUGUUAGGAGAUGCAGGUUUCUGCUGGUGUGUAAAAAGUCCGUCCAUACGGUUAUGAGAACAGAUCUGAAGAAAACAGCAGUAUGCAUUGUGUUAGAGAACAUUUCCAUGUGUUUAAACUUUUCACUUCUUAGAUGCGUUCAAAUUCUUAAUGCAAAUGACAUAGCAAUUUAAAAGCCUCUCCAUGUUAAUUGAAUUGAAAAUGCCUUGCUUUAACUAUGGAAUAUGAUGAAAGGGACUAUCAUUUGUUCUGAAGGUCAAAUAUUCUUUUUGCCUUAGAUAGCUUUGUAAUAAUUUUUCUCCAAACAAUUCAAAACUUUUGAAAAAUGAUAUGAAAUUUUCAUUAAA